GUAGGAGUAGAGCAGCAUCUUCUCUUUCUCUAGCAGAUUCAGAAUCUGAAAUCCAACGCUCACUCCAAUUUCAAGUCCUCGUUCCUCAGCCUCCACCGAUCCGCGAAACUUUCGCUCCACUGGACGAGGUCACACACAAUCGCAUCAAGUUUCUCACUUUGAUGGCGAUUAUUUUCAGUAUUGCGUCAACCCGCUUUGCUCUGUACGUCUACGGUCGGAUGGAACGUACAGUACGGACGAAAAGCGAAAAACUAACCAAGAUGAUCCCGAUUUAUCGUGUAGGCUUUGGG